UGAAAGCAUAAGCCACAUUUUCAGUUAUUUUCCUUUAUAAAUACUAGGCAACCUUAGGCAAGAUUACAGCAGCAUUAACAAUUCUCUAUUCCAGAACAUGGAUUUCUCUUCUCCCAUCCAGAUUAUUCUAUAUUCUCUUGCUUUACUGUUUCUCUGUGCUUUAUGGAGGAAAAUAACCAAAAAAACCACCAAAACCAAGAAAUUUAAAGUCCCUGAACCAUCAGGGUCAUGGCCAUUAAUUGGUCAUCUUCAUCUUCUAACCGGCCAAAAACCAGCGUGUAAGAUCCUCGCAUCCAUUGCUGAUGAAUCAGGUCCUUUUUACUCCCUCAGGCUAGGUUUUAACCGAAUACUGGUCGUUAGCAGUUGGGAAUUUGCCAAAGAAUGUUUUACCAAAAACGACAGAGUUUUAGCAACCAGAGCAAGCAUAGCAGCAGGGAAAUACAUGGGUUAUAACAAUGCUGUUUUCUCGUUAGCCCCCUACGGACAAUACUGGAGGGAUAUCAGAAAACUCGCGACUCUUCAGCUUCUCUCGAACUCGAACAAUCGCCUUGAAGCCCUUAAACAUGUUCGAUUUUCGGAAAUUGAUUUGUUCUUGAAAGAAUUAUAUGAUUUGUAUUCUCAAAAUCAUAAUCAAAAGGUGAUAAUAAGCAAGUUAUUGGAGCGAUUGACGUUUAAUAUAAUCUUAAGAAUGAUAGUUGGUAAAAGAUUUUGCAGUAAAAGUUACAGCGAAGAGAACAGCGAGCCAUGGCGGUAUAAAAAGGCUAUAGAAGAAGCUACUUAUCUGUUUGGGAGUGCUGUUCUGUCUGAUGCAAUUCCAUGGCUAGAAUGGAUUGAUUAUAAAGGGUACAUCAAUAGAAUGAAGAAAACUGGUAAAGAACUUGUAAAGAACUUUGAUGAUGGUUGGAAAAUGCCUGGACCAAUAACAGGAAUACGUGAAGCCAUGGAAGAUUGUGACAUUAAUGGCUAUUAUAUCCCUAAAGGCACUCGUCUGAUCGUUAACAUAUGGAAAUUACAGAGAGAUCCUCGAGUUUGGAAUAAUCCUGACGAGUUUUUACCGGAAAGAUUUCUUACAACUCAUUCUGAUAUUGAUCUUAGAGGUCAGAAUUUUGAAUUUAUUCCUUUUAGUUCAGGAAGAAGGGCUUGCCCGGCUAUUAAUUUUGGGUUGCAAGUCGUUCAUAUUUGACGCUUGCCAGGUUAAUUGCAGGGUUUUGAUUUAUCAAGAAUAUGGAAAUGACGGCCUGUGGAGGGUUUUGAUUUAUCAAGAAUUGGAAAUGAGCCUGUGGAUAUGAAGGAAGGACCGGGACUUUCUUUGCCAAAGGUUAAUCCUGUAGAAGUUAUCCUCAAACCUAGGCUUGAUUUGGAGUUAUAUCAGUGUCUUUAGUUAGUUAAUUUCAAAUAUAUAUAUAUAUUAAUCCAUAUUUAUAUCCGGUAGGGUCACAAAGACAGUAAAGCAUUUCCUACUAAGUUUAAAAGGUACUUCAUAUCUAGGGUUCGAACUUCAUGAAGGAGAAACUAUUGCCAUCUAUCUAUUUCACGUAUUGAUAGUUGUAAUAUCAGUGUCUUUAUAAUUAAGCAAUCUAGACAAGUCAAGUCAAUUAAUAUAUGUGUGUCUCUUUAUAUAUGUUUAUGGUUAUAAUAAAAAUAAAACGGAAAUAUUUCCUUUUUUUUCUUUA